GCUUCAGUAAGAAGCAUUUUCUAAAUGUUCCAGAGUCUCUGUCCUGGACUUUUAGGAACUGAUCCUUCCAGAAUGUGAAUGUGGAUUUGAGCUUCUUCAUGGUCUACAUCUGCAGUUUUCAUUGAAUCAGCUUCUCUAGUUUCAGAAACACAAACUGCUCUGGUUCAGAGAAAUGUUCUGUUCAGACAGAAUGGGAUUGAAACCCAAAGUGUGGUUUUCUCAGAGGAGCAGAGAUCUUUCUGCUUCUGUUUGACUGCAUGAAAGCAGCAGAGACCAGAAGUGAGACAGAAACUCUGAGAGUGGAAGUGAGCUCUGAAUGCUGAAUGUGUCUGUGUUUGGACUCCCAGCAGAACUGUGCUGCUCUCUCAUGUUCCUGUGGUUUCAGGAGGAGCAGAAGAAAACAGACUGAUGGACUUCAGGAUGACUGAACACGUGCACAACUCUACAUUUCCUCUUUCAUGCUGUCACUUUCUGCAUGAAUCUUUCAUCUAAUAACUGCAGGAAUAUUUGUCAUUUUCUUCUCUCAUUUCACACAGCAGUUCACCAAGUUCCUCCACUGCAGACAGAGACAGUCAUGUUGAUCUGAACAUUAGAGAAACUCAUCAUGGAGCUGAAAUAUGAUCCUGAUUCACUCAGAUGACACUUUAACAGCACACAGGUUUUUGGAGCACACUUUCUCACUGUGUGGGAGCUAUGACUACUACAUCUUUGGAUCUGGAACUCGACUGUUUGUAACGGAUGAGUCCGUAGUGAAGCCCGUGGUGAGCGUGUACCCAGCAGCAUCCAGAGUCCAUGUGGAGGGGAGCAGCUCCCUGCUGUGUCUGGCCUCAGCCAUGUUUCCUCCUGUGGUCCAGUUCUCCUGGAAAAGACAGAAGAACAAUGAACAACUGGAGAACCUGACCUCUGAAGAGCCGCUGGAUCUCAGAGAGUUGGGACGCAGCGCCUCCAUCCUGCUGCUCCAUCAGCAAGAGGACAGCUCCUAUAAAUACAUCUGCUCCGUCAAACAUGAGGGGGGCACAGUGGAGGCCCAAACACAACAAGAGUUUCCUGCUGCAGGUUCCUCUGUUCCUCCUCUGGACCUGGUGGAGCUGUCCUUCCAGUCUGAGUGCAGGGUGAAGCUGCUCUGCCUGCUGUACUCAGUGCUGAUAGUGAAGAGUCUGGUGUACUGCUGUGGACUCUCUCUGCUGAUGAUCCUCAGAAACAAGGGAGCAUCCACCAACUCCAGACAUGCUGAAUGACUGUUUUCUGCUCGUCUUUUCUCUCCAUCAAAUCUCCUCCUUUCAUCUCAUUCAUCACUUUGAUCACAGUUCUCAAAUGUUCUUCAUGACUUGCUGUAGAUCCUUCAUCAAACUGUGUCAGCUGUGUUGUAGAGAUGGAACUUUGCAGUUUUCUGCUUUUUCAUUUACAUUUUCUGUUUAUACACAUUGAUCCAUGUUCUUACAUUUUAUUUGCAACAAAAUUCUCAAUAAACCUAAAGACAAUUUCCUUGUUUUAAGACA